UAGAGGACACUUUGUAAUUACUGCGUGAUAGCCUAGUGUAACUGGCGAUUACUUGUUUUUAAGAUUAAAAUCAACUAUUAGUAUUAAAGGGUAAUAUUAGUUUGAGACUUUUAAGAUAAAAUGGGAAUCCUUGAUAAAAUAAGCGAGAUUGAAAAAGAAAUAACACGUACCCAAAAGAAUAAAGCAACUGAGUACCAUCUGGGUGUUCUGAAAGCUAAACUAGCAAAAUAUCGUGCUCAGUUGAUUGAACCUUCGGGAAAGAAAGAAAAGGGGGAAGGUUUUGAUGUUAUGAAAUCAGGUGAUGCUCGGGUGGCACUUAUUGGGUUUCCAUCUGUUGGGAAGUCUACUCUACUGAACACACUAACAGACACCCACAGUGAGUCAGCAUCAUAUGAAUUUACAACACUGACCUGUAUUCCUGGAGUUAUUCAGUAUGAAGGUGCCAACAUACAACUGCUAGAUUUACCUGGAAUCAUAGAAGGUGCUUCUCAAGGAAAGGGUCGAGGACGUCAAGUAAUUGCAGUAGCACGCACGGCUGAUUUGGUGCUAAUGAUGUUGGAUGCUACCAAAGGUGAAAUCCAAAGGAAACUGCUUGAGAAAGAGUUGGAGACUGUAGGAAUUAGGCUUAACAAAUGUAAGCCUAAUAUCUAUUUUAAGGAGAAAAAAGCAGGUGGCAUUGCUUUUAACUCAACAUGUCUUCUAACCAAAUGUGAUGAAAAACUUGUUCAAAUGAUCCUACAUGAAUACAAAAUAUUUAAUGCAGAAGUCCUGUUUAGAGAAGACUGCAGUCCAGAUGAAUUUAUUGAUGUAAUUGCUCGAAACCGUGUAUAUUUACCCUGCUUGUAUGCCUUUAACAAGAUUGAUCAGGUGUCAAUUGAAGAAGUGGACAGGCUAGCUCGGCAGCCUUUUACUGUUGUAGUGAGCUGUAACAUGAAGCUCAACUUAGACUGCUUACUUGAAUAUCUUUGGGAAUAUCUUGCUCUAAUUAGAAUCUAUACCAAGAAAAGAGGACAAUCACCUGAUUUUGAAGAUGGUAUAAUAUUGAGAAGGGGUUCUACAAUUGAACAUGUGUGUCACUCUAUUCAUCGGAGUAUUGUUAGUGUUUUCAAGUACGCCUUGGUUUGGGGCACCAGCACCAAGUACAGUCCACAGCGAGUAGGACUUCAACAUGUAGUUAAUCAUGAAGAUGUUAUUCAGAUUGUUAAGAAAUAACCAGGUUUUGAUAUCAUAAAAAUCUUAAGAAAUUAUUAUAUACUUAUAAAACUAUGAUACAUUUGUUUCAAUGUUUUCUAGUAUAAAGAAGUUAUUUGUGAAUCUAAUUGCUUCCUUUAUAAAACACUUAUAAGGAUUAUUUUCAAAUAAAGAUUAUUGAAAACAUUUGUCAAAA